UUAGUACCUAAUAUUAGAUCUUUAGAACAUUAAGUCAAACUGAAACUCUUAAUAUUAUUUUAAUAAUUUUAACAUGGGAGCUCGAACGAAAACUGCAAAAUAUGCUGUUGGAUUCACAUUUGGUGCAUUUGUCUUUAUUGUUAUUGCAUUCUCAACGCCUUAUUGGCUCGUAAACGAUGGAGUUUUGAAGGAACCAAAGUUUUUAAAUCUUGGACUUUGGGAAUUAUGUUUCCAGAACUUCCGCGAUGUUCAUCGAUUUUAUGAUACAAUCUUCGAUGGCUGCAUGUGGAUUUUUGAGGAGGAAUACUAUAUAAUUCAUGACUACGUCCUACCAUCAUUCUUCGUUACAAUCCAGUUCUUCUUCACUUUAGGAUUCACACUCUUAAUAAUCGCAAUUUUGAUGACACUUUUGUUCCUUGUUUGUUCAAAGGAUCAUGAACGUUACAUCCAUUUACUCAUAACAAACGGAAGUUGUCUGAUUCUAGCUGGAUUUUGUUCAACUUUCGCAGUUAUCUUAUUUGGAUGCUAUGGAGAUUCUCGAGAUUGGAUGCCAAACUGGGAACACAAUCAUAUGGGAUGGUCUUUUGCAUUGGCAUGUCCAGGAUCAGUCAUGUUAUUCCCAGCUGGCAUAUUGUUUAUUGUAGAAGCAAGACGAUUAAAAUACAAAAGAUUGAACGAGAUUGGAAAUAGAGAAGCAGCUUACACGAUGAGACAGAGGGGACAUACUGACAUUUAA